AUGGAGCCCCCCUUGAGCAAGAGGAGCCCGGCCCUGAGGCUGGCGGAUUUGGCAGCGGCUCAGCCCCACCCGCACCAGCACAUGACAGGCUUCCCGGGGCUGGGGACCCACCACGGCCACCCCCACCACGCGGCCCACCUCCACCCGGGGGACGCGGGCGGCGACCCCGGCGGCGCCCUCCCUCCCUCGCCCCCGAGGCGCUCACCGCCGCCGCCGCCGCCGCCGCCGCCGCCUUCUCCGCGCCCUCCGCCGCCGCCGCCGCCGCCGCCGCCGCCGCCGCCUCCGCGGCAGCCGCCGCUGAACGGGCAGCUGCGCCUGGGGCUGGCGGCCGGCGAGCUGUACGGCCGCGCCGAGGCGCACUACGGGGCCGCCGCCGCCGCCUCGGCGCUGCAGGGCUACGGCCCCGUCGGGCUGGGGCUGGCGGCGGCGGGCCACGGGCAGCCGCCCCCUCCCCACGGCCCCCACGGGCAGCCGCACGUCGGGGCGGCGGCCGGAGCCUUCCUGCGCUACAUGCGGCAGCCCAUCAAGCAGGAGCUGAUCUGCAAGUGGAUCGAGCGGGAGGUGCCGGCGGGGGGCAGGAAGCCCUGCUCCAAAACUUUCGGCACCAUGCAGGAGCUGGUGAGCCAUGUCACCGUGGAGCACGUCGGCGGGCCCGAGCAGAGCAGCCACGUGUGCUACUGGGAGGAGUGUCCCCGCGAAGGCAAGCCCUUCAAAGCGAAAUACAAACUCAUCAACCACAUCCGAGUGCACACGGGAGAGAAGCCCUUCCCCUGCCCCUUCCCCGGCUGCGGGAAGGUCUUCGCCCGCUCCGAAAACCUCAAGAUCCACAAGCGGACUCACACAGGGGAGAAGCCCUUCAAGUGCGAGUUCGACGGCUGCGACAGGAAGUUCGCCAACAGCAGCGACCGAAAGAAGCACUCCCACGUCCACACCAGCGACAAGCCCUACUACUGCAAGAUCCGGGGCUGCGACAAGUCCUACACCCACCCCAGCUCCCUGCGCAAGCACAUGAAGAUCCACUGCAAGUCCCCGCCGCCCUCCCCGCCGCCCCCGGGCUGCUACGCGGCCGCCGGGCCCCCCGACGGGCCGCUGCCCCCCGAGGCCGACCCCGCGGCAGAGCCGCCCCGUGUCCCCUUGUCCCCGCCGGUCACCAACCUCAGCGAGUGGUACGUCUGCCAGGCCGGGGGGGCCCCCCGACGGCCGCGCACCCCCUCCAGCCGCGCCGCCUCGCCGGCCUCCGAGGGGGACGAGCCCCACAGGACCUCGGGGGGCAGAGCCGCCCCCUAGGGCCGGGCC